GCAUAAUCAAUCGUCGAUACCAUGAAGAAAAUAUCUGGUAGCGCGGCCACAAAUAGCAAGCAACCCUGAGCAUAUUGUCGACGCAGUUCUUUGACGUUGUGUUCAAAAGUCGGUCAAUAACAUUUCUCCUGGGCCUGGUUGGGUUCUGUCCAGAACUUUUUCUGACCCCAAAAUAUAGACCGUUGCUGUUAUUUUCCUCCCUCCGUUCUGAGUGCAAAACCCGCCCAGAUGAACUUGAGCAGUUUUUCAGACUUUCUGUAACCUGCACUUACUCUGAUCACUACCAAGCACUCGAUUUUAAGCACUCACUGAAUUGGGAGCUCCACGGAAAGCCUCUUGGAAGUACAUUCUCUAUCAACAUCCAGCCAUGUCGGUAUGCUCAGAUGUAUACAGUGACCCUGUGCUGACGGCCGUCUAUAACAACAAUCGGGACCUAAUGAUUUACGCACUCAUUAUGGCGGUCCUGUCUCUUGGAUUUGUUUGGGAUUAUCUACCUAGUCUCCCCAUGCGGGCGAGUCGAUAUGCCAUAAUUAUUACCGCUGUAUCGAACGUCCUGUGGACAAUUGUAGAGAUUCUCGACUGGACUUAUCCUUGGUCCUGUCAAGCAUUCGGCCCAAGGGGUCUAAUUACCAUGCAAAUUCUUACGUUGAUCUUUGACAGUAUUGCGAACAGUGGCUUUGUCUUCUUCACCAUCUACCGAACGGUGAAACUCUUGACGAGAAAUGAGCGAAUUCACAUGCUUUCGUCAACUGUGCUAGCCCUCCUCGCCGGCACGACGUCCAUAGUCGCUUGGACAAAUUACAUCAAAAAGCUCACCAGCGAUGAAAGUAUUCUCGUCGAAAUAUACGACAAUUGGGUUAUCAUCUAUUACGUUCUCUGGACAACGGCGGUAGAAAUGGGUGCUUUGACGAUAGUUUUGCUCAAAGUUUUUCAGGCCGCUAUUGUUCGCAAGAGAAUCACCAGCGUGCAGCAACAAAGUAACGCAAGCUUAUGGCACGCGACGCUUGGAAUUGCCAUCCGCUACGCACUCAUCAUCGUGCUCCAGUACUACAAUCUCAAGUACUGGUUUUCAGCCACCCCCACAAACAUUGCAACUGCGUGUUAUUCAACCCUGCGUAGUAUCAUGGUCAUUCUUACGCUUACAGACCAAGUGAAAGUACAAACCAUCCUUGGUAUGAACAAUGCGAGCCAAGCGUCGACUGACUCAAAUCCUCGAAAUCCUGUGAGCAAAGCCUGUGCUACAGGGGCAGGCCGAGUAGGGUCGAUUCUGAGGACUGAUAUACAGGAUUCGGUUUGAGGACUUCGUUUCUGGAGAUGCUUUAAUGUGUAGGGUUAUUCUGCUACGCGUGUUUGAAUAUGUUUUGAAGGGUUACCUUGGAUGAGAACCGUUGUCUGUAGGGAGCUCAUUUAUGUACGGGCACAUUGGAAGACUGAGUGCUCAACAGUUUAAUAUUAUAUUAUUUCUGGUCGACUUUCCGG